AUUAAUCUGCUGUAUUAUCCACCCACACUACUAGUGAUGCAGCAGGGUGUGUAAUAAUGUAUAUUAGGUAGGAGAACCGCUAGGUGGGAGCAGCGCUGCAUGUAAGUGGCUUUUUUUUAGGCUCUGAGUAAAGUCAGGGCUUUUCCACGCCUCCUGCGUUACCGACACGUCCCCGGGUUUCAGCAGAAGACUGAGGAUGUCUUGAAUGGCUUUGUUUUGCUCUGACGGUAUUGGUGAAUCUUCAGCUUGCAUACAAAGCAAGAUCUCCAAGGAUGACACUGGAGGUGCUAUUGGCUAGACGGGGCAGCAGCUGUGAUUAAAUCAUCCUGAUAAUGAAGUUAGUUUAGUUACUCUACCUCUACAAAAGCUCAUCAGUGUUAGCAUCAGAAAAGUCUCAACAAGGGUUCAGACGCCUGUGGGAGGGCCAGGCCUGCAAAGGGAAAAUCAUGGCAGCUGAUCUCUUACUCAUGAGAAGACUCACCAGCCUCAGACAAGUGCCUUACCAAAGUGUUCAGAUGAGAUCCAGCGUGGGUCUCAGAGAGAGCUAUCUAAAAGAUCAGAAGUACAGAGAUGAUUCAGGUGUCUGUGUUUUGGAUUCUCCCCAUAAUUACUCUCACGUCAGCAAAGGAUUGAGCAAUGCUGAACGUGCCAAGACUCUCAACCGGUUGAAGGAUGCAAAGGGCAGUGAUGCGGUCAACAUUUAUAGCCAUAAAUGUUUGGGAAAAUCCAGAUACAAGUUGUUUGGAGGGCAUACUCAGUCACGAAUGCUGGUCUACGCACAAACCUGUUUGUUCCAUCAAGAUCACUCUCACUUCAGUGAUGUGAAAAAAGAAAGGGACGAGGCAAGCAAAGGUGCCAGAAGAAUUGACCCCAAAAAACACACACAAAUGCUCAGUGAAAGUGCCAGGGAGCGCAAAGUACCAGUUACAAGAUUGGGACGCUUGGUAAAUUUUGGAGGCUUGGCAGUGGGACUCGGCUUUGGAGCAAUUGCUGAAGUGGCAAAAAAGAGCUUUAGAUCUGAAGAGAAAAAAGGUCAAAAGAAAGCUAUCCUUGACUCCAACCCAUUUGUCUCUGAGGCCAAUGCUGAAAGAGUUGUUCGCACUCUGUGCAAAGUGCGAGGAGCUGCUCUUAAACUUGGGCAGAUGCUGAGCAUUCAAGAUGACGCUUUCAUCAAUCCUCAGCUUGCAAAGAUCUUUGAGCGUGUUCGACAAAGCGCUGACUUCAUGCCCACCAAACAAAUGAUGAAAGUAAUCAGCAGUGACCUGGGCCCAAACUGGCGAGAUAGACUGGAGUUCUUCGAGGAGAAGCCCUUUGCUGCUGCCUCCAUUGGUCAGGUGCACCUGGCUAGGAUGAAGGAUGGUAGAGAAGUAGCUAUGAAGAUCCAGUACCCUGGUGUAGCCAAAAGUAUCAGCAGUGACGUCAAGAACUUAAUCACUGUCCUGAGCAUGAGCAAUGCAUUACCUGAAGGACUGUUUCCAGAGCACCUGAUCGAGGUUAUGAGCAGGGAACUGGCUCUAGAAUGUGAUUAUGUGAGGGAAGCUGAAUGUGGCAAAAAAUUCCAAGAAUUAUUAAAGGAUCACCCAUACUUCUAUGUGCCAAGUGUGAUAGAUGAACUAAGCAACCAGCAUGUCCUCACCACAGAGCUGGUGUACGGUUUCCCUCUGGAUAAAGUUGAUGAAUUUCCACAGGAGCUCAAGAAUGAGAUCUGUGAGCAGAUCUUGAUUCUUUGCUUGAGAGAGCUCUUUGAGUUUCGAUAUAUGCAGACGGAUCCAAACUGGUCCAAUUUUUUCUUUGACCCUCAAAUACACAAGGUUGCACUGUUGGAUUUCGGAGCGACUAGAGGUUUUGAUGCAUGCUUUACAGAUACAUACAUUGAGAUAAUCAAGGCUGCAGCAGACAAAAACCGAGAGGGAGUUUUGCAGCAGUCAAUUGAGAUGAAAUUUUUGACUGGUUACGAGUCAAAGGCCAUGAUGAACGCCCAUGUGGAUGCAGUCAUGAUCCUUGGCGAGGCCUUUGCCUCAGAAGAGCCCUUUGACUUUGGCACUCAGAGUACAACAGAGCGGAUCCACAGCCUCAUUCCGGUCAUGCUGAAGCAGCGUCUCACCCCUCCCCCGGAAGAGACCUACUCCUUGCACCGCAAGAUGGGAGGCUCCUUCCUGAUCUGCUCCCGACUCAAAGCUAAGCUGUGCUGUAAGAACAUGUUUCAGGAGGCCUAUGAUAAAUACUGGAGAGAUCACAGAAAAGCCAAAGAGUGAAGAAUAAUGGGAGAGGUGAACUGCUAUUGAGAGUGCACUUUAUCUUACUUAUACCCUUAAACCUAACCUGAUAUAAAAGAUUGUGCCCAAAAGAUUUCUACAUUUAUAUGACUGCGAGUAUGGAUAGAUGUGUUGUGAAUAGAGGAAGCUUGUAUGUAAUGGUGUAACAUGUUGCUGAUGAUGCAGUCUGGAUUAUACUACACAUGACAAUAUUGUGCAACUUAAGCCAGUUACUGUAUUCUGAAUAUUUAAUGAACUGAAGUAAAAUAUUAUGAAUUUGCACAA